CAAACACCGCCAUCCACCGCAAAAGGAAAAUAGAAAUCCACAAAAAAAAUGAUGCUCGGAGAACCGCACCGUCCCAAUCCAACGGUCCACGUCCCUCCGUGGCUCCUGUACGACGAUUCCACGGCCGAGAUGUACUCACCGUUUCCCCUGAGCGGCGUCUCUGUUAGCUCCGAUGGCAAUGCAAACGGCGCCGACUUCAACAGCCCGUACUACCUCCACGAAGCCCUAACGACGUUCCAGCGCUACUUGCCUUCCAACGAGACCGACCCGGACUCCGACUCAGAUAUUUCCGGCCGCGAAUCGGACGCGCCGGUCGACGCCUACUCCUGCGACCACUUCAGGAUGUUCGAGUUCAAGGUCAGGAGGUGCGCACGUGGCCGGUCACAUGACUGGACCGAGUGUCCGUACGCCCACCCGGGGGAGAAGGCCAGGCGCCGCGACCCGAGGAAGUAUCACUAUUCGGGUACGGCCUGCCCCGAUUUCCGAAAGGGUCAUUGCAAGAAGGGUGACGCGUGCGAGUUUGCGCACGGGGUUUUCGAGUGCUGGCUCCACCCGGCGCGCUACCGUACUCAGCCUUGCAAGGACGGCACCAGCUGCAAGCGGAGGGUUUGUUUCUUUGCUCACACGCCGGAGCAGCUUAGGGUUUUGCCUCAGCAGAGCCCCAGAGGCGGAGGCAACUCCCUCAACUCGGCCGAGUCGUAUGACGGGUCACCGCUGAGGCAGGCGAUGGAGGCCGCUGCUGCUUCGUGUGUGAAAACCAUGCCCUUCAUGUCCUCCCCGCCGGAAGAGUCGCCGGAGGUGUCGCCGCCAGUAUCUCCGAUGAGCCGGUCUCUUGGGUCGGGCUCUAUUAAUGAAAUGGUAGCUUCGCUUAGGAACUUGCAGCUCGGAAAAGUCAAGUCUUUUCCCUCUUCUCGGAAUGUUAAGAUGGGGGGAUCUUCUGGGUUUGGGUCUCCAGGAUCUCCAGGGUUCGGGUCACCACGCGGGUCCAUACUCCGACCCGGAUUCUCCAGCCUGCCUUCAACACCGACCCGGGUCCCGCCCCGUUCCGGAAUCAGUUAUUUGGAUUUCUGCGAGGAGAGUUGUGAGGAGCCUGCAAUGGAGAGGGUGGAGUCUGGAAGGGGGCUGAGAGCCAAGAUGUUUGAGAAGCUGAGGGAGGAGAAUUCAGUGGGCCGGGUGGACCCGGGUCCGAAUUGUUCCGGUGCUCCGGAUGUUGGGUGGGUUUCUGAGCUGGUUCAGUGAAGGAUUACUUGUUGGAUGAAUUGUUGUUAUUACGAUGCUUCUAUAUAGGGUGCUUGAUUCUGGUGGCCUAUAAUUAUCAUAUAUUUUGGGUCUCUCUCUCUAGAUUAUGUGAAUAAUGCAUGGAGGAGGAGAGAGGGGAAUUUGAUUUUGGUAGCAAAGCCAAGUUGAAGAAUUUGAAGAUUAUGCUGUUUUAUGUAAAUUUUUUUGCAGAAAUACAAGUAUUGGGAUGUCUUUUGUCGGAGAUGAGUAAUGGAAUGAAUCUAUGUCUUUUUUAGGGGGAUUAUCUAUAUCGGAUUGAGGAGUAGAUAAAUUUAAGGAUGGUAAUUAUGAAAGGGACUGGGCUUUCGUUCUUGUAUAGUUGAAGAAGUGGACAGUGGAAGAACAUCAAAUCCCUCUUUUGUUUUUGUUAAUUAUGGUGUUUGGGGUAAUUACCACCAUCCCCUCUUACUGAUCUCUAUCAAAUCGUUGUAAAAACUUAUGCUUGCUUCCUCUGUAAUGCAUGGACUCUUUGUGCUAAUGCAAUUAUCAAUGUAAAUUAUUGUUUUAUCAA